AUGAUUACUUCGGAAGGGAAGAAAAUAGAACGAUUCAUCUGGGGAUUAACUCCCCCAAUUGAAGGAAACGUGAUAGCCGCAAAUCCUGAAACCUUUGACAGUGCCAAGAGGUUGGCCAAGAAGUUGUACGAACACAACAACAAGAAGGGCGAGAAAGCGGGGGAAACUGAAAGCAAGAAGGAGAACGAUAACAAGAAAGGAAAGAAUAACAAUAGGAAGGGACGACAAGGCUCAGAGUCGUCAAAGAAACAACAAUUAGUAACCGUUCAUGCUGCAACCACCCAAGUUCCCUCCACACCACAUGCUCCAGCCUCAUCCACCCCAUGUGCCCCUAAGCAGUAUUCCGGAUAUCUCCCAAAGUGCAACAAGUGCAAUCUCCAUCACAAUGGUGAAUGCAGGGAGAUGCAAUGUACCAGUUGCAACCGAAAGGGUCACACGGCAAAAUACUGUAGGACCUAUCCUCCCCAGAACCAGCAACAAGGAAACAACAACAACAACCGCAACAACAAAACACCAACAACAACCACGGCAGCAACGAUGGGGCUAGCCACACCUGUUAUGGAUGUGGAAGGACUGGGCACUUCCGUCGAAAAUGCCCCAAUGUCAACAACCAAGGGAAUGGAGGAGCAGGGAGAGUGCAGACCAUGGGUCAAGGAGAAGCGGUUCAGGAUCCCGUUGUUUUCACUGGUACGUUUCUCCUUAACAGCUCAUAUGCAUGCAUCCUGUUUGAUACCGGGGCAGAGCGGAGUUUUGUGA